GUCUGUCCUCCUCUGCGCACGAGACUUAACAGAAUCCCGGUGGAGGAAAAUCUUCGUUUCGUGUUGUUGUUGCGGUACAGCGUCCUGACAGUGUGUGUUUGUGUGCGUGUGUGGGCGGGGUGGACCGUGGAUAAAUAGGGCGCGCACUCCUCUCCCGUGCGUAAACGCGUUGAGCGCAGGACCUGGCCGGGACACGGAGCUCUCGGGUUGGCUGUGAAUUGAUGGAAACAGCAUCAAUUAAUUAGCACAAAGAAAAAGGGUCUAUCAAUUUCAUCUGUCCCGCCUAAUUACUGGAUGAAAAAUGAAUGAAGACAAGCAUAUAUCUCAUGGAGAUUAGCAACAUUUUUUUUUUCGUUCUUGGAGAAACCAGCGAUCCAUAUUUUCCUGCAAGGGGAGUUCACAAACCAUGACAGUCAGAGGGAUGUUCCUGGCCUGAAGAUGCUCUGAACUUCUCUCAACGAGUUGUUGUUUUUUUUUUUUUUUUCUUCUCAACAUUUUUCGUUGCAGGACAUCGGACAAAUCGGACGCUUUGCGCAUUGCGUAAUUGGCAGGGAAAUGCGCUUGUCCGUCUCAUAGGCUCCACAUAAUGUUGGGACUAAUCUCUGCUGGAAGGCGUUUAUCGCUCCGUGUAUGCUGCAAACACAACAGAAACAAGGAUGACAGUCUGUAGUAUGCUUGGCAAAGGUCGACAUCAGGUGCUGGUGGGGCUCUGUUGGCUGUUUCUGGUUGUGACGCGGAGCGGAGCAGUUUCCAGAUGUGUGGACCAUGCCUGUAGUCCACCCAUAGGGAACCUGGCGAGUGGCAGGACCCUCUUCACCCUCUCUAGCUGCUGUGGGAACAGCUCCUCCAACACGAGCUCUUGCCUCCAUCGUCCUGUGACCCCCCACCUCUGUCCCGAGGACACCCACCCUCCAGCUCACAUGAUCGACGACCCUUUCUUGCAUCCGGAUACCUGGUGGGCAUCGGGUCCAGGCACUGCCACGCAGGAGCUGCAGGAUGAGAUCCGGUUGGACCUGGAAACACAGUUCUGUCUGUCCCAUGUUGUUUUGGUGUUCAGGUCACCUCGGCCUGCUGCCAUGGCUGUCGAACGUUCGGCUGACUUUGGACAGACCUGGGAGGCCCUUAAGCUCUUUGCGCACAAUUGCAGCUUGGAAUUUGGUCUACCUGAUGAUUUUACUCAGCCAGGGUCUUUGUGUACAUCCCGAUACACCAGCACUACACCCUGCAGUGGGGGAGAGGUAAUAUUACGGACAUUAGACCCCAUCAGUGUUAAAACACUGGACCCGUACAGUCCAGAGGUCCUCGCCCGCCUCACCAUCACUAACCUCCGCAUCAGACUGCUUAAAGCUCAAACAUGUCCGGCGCCUGUAAAACUCCCUGUAGAGCAGACGAGCCCCACACCCUCAGCGCUGACCGCCACAUCCACCACAGAAAGCCCGGCCUCAGCACCUUAUGCUAUUUACACUUUACUGGCUAGAGGGACCUGCCUGUGCCAUGGACAUGCAGAGUACUGUGUACCACACAACAGCAGCCAAGACACAAUAAAGGACAGAAACAUGGUGUUUGGCAGGUGUCUGUGUACUCACCACACAGCCGGGGAGCACUGCGAGAAGUGUGCCCCACUCUACAGUGAUCGUCCCUGGAGGCCCGCCAACAGCAGCAGCGGGGAGUCCAACCCAUGUCAGAGGUGCCAGUGCCACGGUCACGCAGAAAGCUGUCACUUCUCUCAGCGGGCAUGGCUCUCCUCCGGUGGCACCAGUGGGGGCGUUUGCGAUGACUGCAGGCACAACACUGUCGGGCGCAGGUGCCAGCGCUGUCGCCACGGCUACUACCGCCAUCCAUCACUGCCCCUCAACUCCCCCCACGCCUGCACACGCUGCUGGUGUGAUCCACAGGGAUCUUUGCCCCCUCGUGCUGGAGAGGAGGGACCCUGGUGCCACCCUAGGAGCGGGCAGUGCCACUGCAAAUCUGGCGUAGGAGGCAUGGCCUGCAGCCACUGCCUGUCUGGCUAUUGGGGUUUUGGGGAGGAGGGCUGUAAACCCUGCGCCUGCCCUCACAGCUGUGAUCCAACCACUGGAAAGUGUUUGGACAGCUACUCAAAUAAUCAGGUGUUCAAUGUGCCGAUCGGUGGAAAAAUCCCUGAUUUGGAUCACAUGUUUACAUAUGAAGAGGAAGUGCAGUGGUCAAAGGAGCUCGCGGUCUCUGCUCUGCAUUACACAGGAAAGUGUAGCUGUAAGGAGAGGAAGCUGCGAAGUGUGUCUGACCUCUGUAAGACCAAACAUGAUUAUGUAAUCAAGGCCAGUGUGCUGUCUGCUCAUGACAAAGGCAGUCAUGCAGAAGUGCAGGUAAAAGUCCGCAAAGUCCUUCAGUCAGGACAAGUGGCGCUCAACCUGGGGACCGUCAGCAUCUAUCCUCUGUCCUGGACCAGCCGCGGCUGCACCUGUCCUAUUCUAAACCCAGGUAUGGACUACCUGCUAGCGGGCCCAGAGGAGGCCGGGACAGGCCGUCUGCUGGUCACCAUGCAGAGUGUGGUGGUCCCAUGGACACCAAGACUGGGGCUACUCAUAUCAGAGGGCCUGAGGAAUGGAUGUCCGUGAAAUAUACGAUCCAAAAAGGCAGCUCACACUUCACAGGAUUUCACAUGGAAAAAAAACAAAACAGAAAAGGGACAAAAAAACCACUGGACAACAUGUUGAAUCAUCAGGGGGAAUUAUCCAAGAGUCACACUCUUGAUGAGUCAAGGUACCCACAUUGUGUGGGUGUGCAACACAAAAUAAAGACCGAUUGUAUGGUCAUAUUUAAUAAGCUGUACCUGACAUUAAAGGCUUUAUUUGCACUUCAGAUUUAUUUUUUAUGGCAAUUAAAGCUGAUAACCAUUCUAUGUUCAGGUCUAGUUCCAUACUGGUAAACAUCUCGAUUUGUCAUGAUCGGUGUCUGACAAAUUUCUUAUUCAAUGUUUUAUUUUUUAUUUUUACUGGUGAAAAGCAAUGUACAAAAGAUUAAAUAUGGGACUGGC